UCUCUCUCUCUAACUCGGAGAAAAAUGGAGUUAGUGAGAGAAACUAAGUACGAUCGUGCCGGAGAAUUAAAAUCUUUCGACGAAACGAAAGCAGGCGUAAAAGGCCUAGUCGACUCAGGAGUCGAAACAAUCCCUAGAAUAUUCCGACUCCCGGAAGAAUAUUCCACCAACACAACAGCUCACGCAAACGAGUCGAAUUAUGAUAUUCCGGUUAUCGACCUUGAAAAAGAAGGCAUUGAUCGAAAGGUGACAGUUGAUAAAAUCAGACAUGCAUCGGAGAAAUACGGGUUUUUCCAGGUGGUGAAUCAUGGGAUUCCUGUCGGUGUAUUGGAGGAGAUGCUUUGUGGGGUCCGCAGAUUCAACGAGAUGGACGCGGAGGCGAAGAAGGUGUAUUACACGCGCGAUGUGACGAGAAAGUUUGUCUACAACAGCAACUCUGAUUUGUAUAGUGUACCUACAGUUAAUUGGAGGGAUACUUUCUUAUCUUUUAUGGCUCCGAAUCCUCCUAAGCCCGAAGAAUUGCCCGCUUCGUGCAGAGAUAUACAAAUAGAGUAUUCAAGACACGUAAUGAAUUUGGGUUUUCGGUUAUUCGGUUUGCUAUCAGAGGCACUCGGGCUUGAAUCGAGUCGGCUAGCGGAAAUGGGAUGUACCGAUGGGCUAACGUUCGUGGGCCAUUACUAUCCAGCGUGCCCACAGCCAGAGCUGACUUUGGGUGCAACCAAUCACACCGACGAUGCCUUCCUCACCGUUCUCUUACAAGACCAAAUCGGAGGCCUCCAAGUUUUUCUCGAUAAUAUGUGGAUUGAUAUUCCACCUGUGCAUGGUGCUCUUGUGAUUAACAUUGGAGAUCUGCUACAGCUUAUUUCGAAUGACAAGUUCAAAAGCGUGGAGCACAGAGUUCUAGCGAAUCGGGAAGGUCCAAGAAUGUCGGUGGCAUGCUUCUUUAGCACUUCUCUAAUGCCAUCGUCGAAGAUUUACGGGCCAAUAAAGGAGUUGCUAUCUGAAGAUAAUCCUCCAAAAUACAGAGAAACAACGGUAGAGGAAUACGUUACGUACUCAUUCAACAAAGGCCUUGAUGGGAUUUCCGCUUUGCUUCAUUUCAAGAUCUAAACUUGGCGACUGGAGAUACUAUGUUACAGUUUCAUAUUAUAUUUUGUAUUGUAAUAUAUCUCGUUUCAAUUACUUAAUUUGCCUA